GGGGCGGAGCUAAGGAGAACCGGGCGGAGUUAGGGAGGGGGAAGGCGCGUGACUGACGUGAGGUGCUGAGGUCAGAGUUUGCGCAGAUCCCGGAAGUGCAGCGGGUGGGCGCGGGCAGUUCUCUGUACUGCUGCGGGCGGACAGACAGGCCCACCAAGCGCAGGCAGCAGGAAGGAAACAUGGCGACCUUUAUCUCGGUGCAGUCGAAGAAGGCCUCCGAGGUGGACUUGGCCAAGCCGCUCUGCAAGUUUAUCCAGCAGACCUACCCGGCCGGGGACGCGCAGGCCGAGCACUGCCGCGCGGCCGAGGAGCUCAACAAGCUGCGCAAGAGCGCGGUCGGCCGCCCGCUCGACAAGCACGAGAGCUCGCUCGAGACGCUGAUGCGAUACUACGAUCAGCUAUGUUCCAUAGAGCCAAAAUUUCCAUUUUCUGAAAAUCAGAUCUGUGUGACCUUUACAUGGAAAGAUGCCUUUGAUAAAGGGUCGCUUUUUGGAGGUUCUGUCAAACUUGCUCUGGCAAGUUUGGGAUAUGAGAAGACUUGCGUUUUGUUCAACUGUGGAGCAUUAGCUAGUCAGAUUGCAUCAGAGCAGAAUCUGGAUAAUGAUGAAGGAUUGAAAACUGCUGCUAAACAUUAUCAGUUUGCUAGUGGUGCCUUCCAACAAAUUAAAGACACAGUCUUGUCUGCAUUGAAUAGAGAGCCUACAGUGGACAUCUCUCCAGAUACAGUUGGAACCCUUAGUCUUAUUAUGUUGGCUCAAGCUCAAGAGGUUUUUUUCUUAAAAGCAACAAGAGAUAAAAUGAAAGAUGCUAUCAUAGCUAAACUGGCUAAUCAAGCUGCAGAUUAUUAUGGUGAUGCUUUCAAACAGUGUCAAUAUAAGGACACUUUGCCCAAGGAGGUGUUUCCUGUUCUGGCUGCAAAGCACUGCAUUAUGCAGGCCAAUGCAGAGUAUCACCAGUCUAUCCUGGCAAAGCAGCAGAAGAAAUUUGGUGAAGAAAUUGGGAGACUACAGCAUGCAUCAGACUUGGUAAAAACAGUGGCAUCUCGUUAUGAUGAAUACAUAAACGUAAAAGAUUUGUCUGACAAAAUCAACCGCGCUCUUACAGCUGCGAAGAAGGACAAUGACUUCAUUUAUCAUGACCGGGUUCCUGACUUGAAAGAUCUAGAUCCCAUUGGCAAAGCCAGUCUUGUGAAAUCUACCUCAGUUGUUGUCCCUAUCAGCCAGAAGUUCACUGAUUUGUUUGAGAAGAUGGUUCCUCUGGCAGUGCAGCAGUCUCUGAGCCUCUACAACCAGAGAAAGGCAGACUUGGUAAAUAGAUCCAUAGCCCAGAUGAGAGAAGCCACCAAUCUGGCAAAUGGAGUAUUGGCUUCUCUCAAUCUGCCUGCUGCCAUUGAAGAUGUGUCUGGUGAUAGUGUUCCUCAGUCUAUUCUGCAGAAGUCUAAGUCUGUUGUUGAACAGGGAGGCAUCCAGACCAUUGAUCAGCUGAUCAAAGAUCUACCAGAACUGCUACAGAGAAACAGAGAGAUCUUAGAUGAAUCACUAAGAUUAUUGGGUGAAGAGGAAGCCACAGACAAUGAUCUAAGAACAAAAUUCAAAGAGCGUUGGCAAAGAACACCAUCCAGUGAACUCUACAAACCUUUGAGGGCAGAGGGAGCCAAUUUCAGUAAUAUUUUGGAUAAAGCUAUACAGGCAGAUGGACAUGUUAAAGAACGCUAUCAGACUCAUCGGGAUACAAUUUCACUUCUUUGUAAACCAGAGCCAGAAUUGAAUGCAGCCAUUCCUUCUGCCAAUCCAGCAAAAACGAUGCAGGGAAGUGAGGUUGUUAGUGUCUUAAGAUCUCUACUAGCUAGCCUGGAUGAGGUGAAGAAGGAGAGAGAACAACUUGAGAAUGACCUAAAAUCUGUAAAUUUUGACAUGACAAGCAAAUUUCUGACUGCACUUGCACAGGAUGGUGCUAUAAAUGAGGAAGCCAUCUCUGUCACCGAAUUGGACCGGAUAUAUGGAAGUUUAACACACAAAGUGCAAGAGACCCUGAAAAAGCAGGAUGAACUUCUCAAAGACAUUCAGAAUGCACAUCAGGAAUUUUCAAAGAUGAAACAAUCAAACAGUGAAUCUAAUUUAAGAGAAGAAGUUCUGAAGAAUUUAGCUGUAGCAAAUGACAACUUUGUGGAACUUGUAGCUAAUUUAAAAGAAGGCACAAAGUUUUACAAUGAAUUGACAGAAAUCUUGCUGAAAUUCCAAAACAAAUGCAGUGACAUCGUUUUUGCCCGUAAGACUGAAAGAGAUGAACUUCUAAAAGACUUACAACAAAGCAUUGCUAGAGAACCCAGUGCUCCCUCUGUUCCUUCACAGCCUGCAUACCAAACUGCAGCAGCUGGAGGAAGUAAACCUGCUGCAGCAACUACUCCAACUCCAGCACCCAGAACCAUGGUGUCUAGUAAACCACAACCACCAGCACGCCCUCCACCACCAGUGAUUUCUACAGCAAGUACUCUCUCCCCUCCUGUAUCAACAGCCACUGGAGCUACUGCUUCUCCAGUUGGUUCAUCUGUAGCUAGCACUGGACCAUCACAGGCACAGGGACCCCCUUACCCAACCUAUCCAGGAUACCCAGGGUAUUGCCAGAUGCCAAUGCCAAUGGGCUACAAUCCUUACACCUAUGGCCAGUAUAAUCUGCCAUAUGCACCACAAAUGUAUCAGAACCCUGGACAAGUACCAUACCCAGGACCUCAGCAACCUGGAUACCCUUACCCUCAACAGCCUUAUUACCCACAGCAAUAACAUGUCUGCAAAGAAGUUCUGCCUGUUAAAAAUGAGAGAAACUUGCAAUAAGCAUACUAAAACUUUAGCUCCAAUUAAUGUAUCAUACUCUACUGAAUGCAGUCUAUAGCUCCUGUCUGUUAAAUACUCAAAGCUGUAUUCCAGUUUUUGACUGCACUAAACCUCUUGAGAGAUUUGCUGCUGCUGCAGUCCAAACACUAGGCCCGAUGUGAUCAGAAUUAAAUUACAGCAUAAUUCAACUGUAACUGCACUUAAACUAAACCAAAAUGUUUCUUUACAAAAAUCUUCAUUUCAAUAGUAAUGGGAAUAUUUGAACAGUGCGUGCAUUGGGUGUGAUAUAUUUUAAAGAACUACAUGCGGUUUCCUUCUAUAUUCUGUUGGUUUGUAUCUCUUUUUGGUUUUGAGUUUAGUUACCAAGUUGCUAUUUUGUCUAAUCAAGGCCUUGUAAAUCAUAUAAGUAAAUAAAAAAUAAAUGAUGUAAGAAUAGUUUAA